GGAGCAGGUGGUGCCAUGCAUGCGCUGGGUGCUCUGGCUGCUCUCUCACUGCUGGGCUGGACCAAGGGCAGCAAACGGCGGAGUGUGGCUCUGCAGAACACCGGAGGACUUCCAGGAGAGAGGCGGUGGGGGGCAGGGCCCGGCCUCCAGGCACAGGUCUUGCUGGAGGACGGCCAGCAGCCGGCCCUGCCACGCACCACGGAGGAACCACCAGCAUCCCCACGUGAGCCUGCAGUGCCAGGGCAAGCAGCCUGCACCAUGAGCCUGGAGAAAGCCGGGGGUCGGUUUUGCAGCGGGAAGCGCGCCGGUCUGCCGGCCCAGCGGCCCUUCCCUGUCAUCCAGAAGGUGGUGGCAUCCAUGGCUCACCUGCAGGAGGAGAAGCUGCGGCUGCAGGAGGAGCUGCUGGCUCUGCAGGAGAAACUGGCCGCCCGCGAGAGCGAGGAGAUGGCCGUCUCCGUCCAGCUGCGAGGGCAGGUUGAGAACCUGAAGGCAAAUCUCCGGGAGCAGGCGCAGGAGAUCGGCAGGCUGCGCUCGGAGAUGGGCGGCACGGAUGCGGAGAAGCACCGGGACCUGCUGGUGGCUGAGAACGAGCGGCUGCGGCAGGAGAUGAAGGCACGUGAAGGGGAGCUGAGGGAGCUGCGGCGGCAGCAGGCGGCGUGCCGGGACUGCACCCACCUCCAGGAGAACGCCGGGCUGCAGGAGCGGCUGUGCCAGCUGCAGAGAGAGGCGGAGGAGACCCGAGCCAAGCUGGCGGAGCUGGAGCUGGAGGUGCAGCAGAAGACGAACCGCCUGGCCGAGGUGGAGCUGCGGCUCAAAGAUUCGCUGGCCGAGAGAGCGCAGGAGGAGGAGCGGCUCAGCCGGCGGCUGCGGGACAGCCAGGAGACCAUCGCCAGCCUCAGGGCUCAGCCCCAGCAGAUAAAGUACAUCAUCAAGACCGUGGAGGUGGAGUCAGCCAAGGCGAAGCAGGCCCUGUGUGAGAGCCAGUCCCGAAACCAGUACCUGCAGGAGCAGGUGGGGAUGCAGAGGCAGGUGCUGAAGGAGAUGGAGCAGCAGCUGCAGAGCUCCCAGAAGACAGCAGCUCAGCUCAGGGCACAGAUUGCCAUGUACGAGUCGGAGCUGGAGCGGGCCCAUGGGCAGAUGCUGGAGGAAAUGCAGGUGAUGGAGGACGAGAAGAACCGUGCCAUUGAAGAGGCGUUUUCCCGUGCCCAAGUGGAGAUGAAGGCGGUGCAUGAGAACCUGGCGGGCGUGCGGACCAACCUGCUGACACUGCAGCCGGCGCUGCGCACCCUCACCCACGACUACAAUAGCCUGAAGCGGCAGGUGCGGGACUUUCCCCUGCUCCUCCAGGAGACCCUGCGGAGCGCCAGGGCCGAGAUCGGGCAAGCCAUCGAGGAAGUGAACAGCACCAACCGGGAGCUGCUGCGCAAAUACCGCCGGGAGCUGCAGCUCCGCAAGAAGUGCCACAAUGAGCUGGUGCGGCUGAAAGGGAACAUCCGUGUCUUUGGGAGAGUGCGCCCCAUCACUAAGGAGGAUGGAGAAGGUCCGGAGGCGGUCAGCGCGGUGACGUUCGAUGCGGAUGAUGAUGCCGUCCUGCACCUCCUGCACAAGGGGAAACAGGUGUCCUUUGAGCUGGACAAGGUGUUUCCUCCACAGGCGUCCCAGGAAGAGGUGUUUCAAGAGGUUCAGGCCCUGGUCACUUCCUGCAUCGAUGGGUACAAUGUCUGCAUUUUUGCCUACGGACAGACUGGAGCAGGGAAGACGUACACAAUGGAGGGAACCUCCACAAACCCAGGCAUCAACCAGCGUGCCCUGCAGCUGCUCUUCUCUGAGGUGCGGAGCAAGGCGGCCGACUGGGACUAUGCCAUCAGCGUCAGCGUAGCCGAGAUCUACAACGAGGCACUCAGGGACCUAUUGGGGAAGGAACCCCAGGAGAAGCUGGAGAUCAAACUGUGCCCUGAUGGCAGCGGGCAGCUCUACGUGCCUGGGCUGACUGAGUUCAGCGUGCAGAGCGUGGAGGACAUCAAUAAGGUCUUCGAGUUCGGCCACGUCAACCGCGUGACGGAGUGCACCAACCUGAACGAGCACAGCUCCCGCUCCCACGCGCUGCUCAUCGUCACCGUCCGCGGCUUGGACCGCAGCACGGGGCUGCGCACCACAGGGAAGCUGAACCUGGUGGACCUGGCGGGUUCGGAGCGCGUCGGGCGCUCGGGCGCGGAAGGCAGCCGGCUGCGUGAGGCUCAGUACAUCAACAGGUCGCUGUCGGCGCUGGGGGACGUCAUCUAUGCGCUGCGCUCCCGCCAGGGCCACGUGCCCUUCCGCAACUCCAAGCUGACCUACCUGCUGCAGGACUCGCUCAGCGGGGACAGCAAGACCCUCAUGAUGGUGCAGGUCUCCCCUGCCGAGAAGAACAGCAGUGAGACGCUGUGCUCCCUGAAGUUUGCCGAGCGUGUCCGCUCCGUGGAGCUGGGCCCUGUGUCCCGCAAGGCCGAGCUGGUGUCCUGGCCCAGCCAGGAGCAGCUGGAGGGUGACUUGCCGGGAUCCUCCAGCCGGGGCCACGCGUCUCCCAGCCCUGGGCUGCCCAGCGGCCGCACCACCUCCAUCCGCAGGAAGCUGCAGGCUUCAGCCUGAAUUUUAGGGGCAGCCGCGGCUGCCAGGGAAGCUGAGGCCGGUCCCUGUGUGACACAUGCUGCAGGACCUGGCCCCUCACCCACCUUGGUGCCCCGGCCAUGUUUGGAGCUGUGGUGGCAUCCCCUCCUGCCAUGGCACCUCUCACCAUGAGACACGCAGCUCUGUGACUUCUAAUUCUUGCUGGACAAAUGGCUUUAGCCAGAGCAAGGAGCCUCGCCACCUCUUCAACUUCGUUUUUAGGGCAGUUGGGGUAUCUGGCUGGAAGGAUUGGGGCUGAGCACCUCUGCCUCACUGUGCUGGGGACACCACUGCUGCAGGAGCUUGGCAUGGAGCAGCGAGCACCUGGGUGAAGUGCAGGAUGAGGUUUGGUUUGGCGUGACUGCACCCAGCUCCCUGCCACGAGGUCCUGCUCCACCCCUUGCUCCCCAGCCUCUUUUGGAGCAGCACAGCCCAGAUUUGAAGCCAGAAUAACCCCAGCAGCUCCUUUCCCUGUUGGAUUCUCCUGCCCAAUUGCACGAAGGCGCCCCGGUGCUGCUGCAUGCACCCUGCCCAAAGGGAGAGCAGCCGCAGGGCUUGCCCCCCUGGCACCAGCAGGGGCUUUGCAGUCUUGAAGGAAGCUAUUGUAAAGUGAACAGUUGUCUUCUCAAGAGAGAUCACAGUGUGGUCAAGACGAAUGUGUUUGAAAUAUUUAUAAGCUGUUUACAUGGUCUUGGAAUGAAAACAAGAAACUCUCCAGCCCAGUGCUGUCGGAGUAUGUGUGGUAGUGGGAGCUGACGGGGGCAUGGAGGAGCAGUGGGAGCCCCAGUGCAGCUCCUGGCAGCUGCAACCACGCAAGGUAUGCACUGCACCUUCCAGCUCCUGGCCCUUCCACACCACACCGUGUUAAAGGAAAAAAGAAAGGGAGGAAGAAAAAAAAAAAAAAAAAAAAAAAGGGAAAAAUAAUCUAGUCUUUUGUUAAGAUUAGAUGUUUCUAUGUAUUUUAAUAAUAUAUAUAUCCUGUUUUAUAACAAAACUUAUUUUAAAUAAAGCAUUAAAGCCA